AUGUUAGAUCCAAACCAUUCGCCAUUAUCAUCAUAUGAACAACAUAAACGAAUUAAUUAUGCAAUUUACGAUUGCUUUGCCGUCACCUUAUUACAUCAAGCAAUUUAUGAUAAAUGGUCGUUAACUCAACUUCGUGAAGCAGAAUUAACAUUUUUAUUUACGUCGAAUGCUCCACCUCAUUCGUCAUCAUUAUCUUCGUCAACCUUAUUGAAAAAUGUUUCGGAAUAUAAAAAUGAAACAAAAUCAACAUCUGCUUCGAUUUCAAAUGCUCCACGUCAUUCAUCAUUACCGUUAUCGAGUUUAUUAGAAAAUAUUUCUGAUGAAGAAAAUGAAGAAGAAGAAGACGAAAUAUUUGUUUCAUCUCUUUCUAGACAUUAUGAUACAAAUACAUUACUUAAUUCAACUCGACAGGUUGAAAUUGGACCUGCGAUAGUCUCUGAUGUUGUUACUAUAGAACCUACGCCAUUAAAUCAACAAUUAUCUACAAAUGAACCACCUAAAUUACGUCGAAAUUGUCGUUCAUCAUCAGCACGAACACGUCGUAAUCGCAAACGAAACAUGGUCAAACGUCUACAUCGUGAUCAACAUAUUAUUUAUCGCAAAGUUUAUCACCGAUUCAAUAUUCGUCAGAUAAAGAACAUCCUUCGUGCUCGUAAUGUUCGAUAUGUCCAUUUAACACUUCACAAAUCGUCACAAGUCUUAUCAAUUGGAAUGAAAAAACCUUCUCUGGUGGACUUAUACUUUGAUCGAUUACCUGGUGAUUUAUUUGAUAAAGAACAUUAUCAACAUUAUCGUCAAAAUGAACAUUAA